GCCCCAACCUCCCGAAAGGGCCGUGCUGAAGCCUGAAGAAGCGGAAGUGAGUCGACUUUUGCAGCGUCUUUCCUCUCGGCCUAUUCCGGCGCAGGCGCGGUGGCCUCGGACGGCCUGGACUUGCGGCACCACCUUGGCAAGGAGGUUCCGCCAGCGCCCCUCGUCGGCCUGGGCCUUCUGGGCCGCACCUGAGCGAUGCCUCGCUAUUGCGCAGCGAUUUGCUGUAAGAACCGUCGGGGACGAAACAGUAAGGACCGGAAGCUGAGUUUUUAUCCGUUUCCUCUACAUGACAAAGAAAGACUUGAAAAAUGGUUAAAGAAUAUGAAACGUGAUUCAUGGGUUCCCAGUAAAUACCAGUUCCUGUGUAGUGACCAUUUUACUCCUGACUCUCUUGACAUCAGAUGGGGUAUUCGAUAUUUGAAACAAACUGCAAUUCCAACAAUAUUUUCUUUGCCUGAAGAUAAUCAGGAAAACGACCCUUCCAAAAAAAUAUCUCAGAAGAAAAAAUUAGAUGAUGAGAAAGAAGUAUGCCUAAAAGCCAAGUCACAAGAAUCAUUUGCAUCAAAUGAGCUAAAGAAAAAUACAGUUAAUACAGACAUUCUCCCUGAACACACAGAAUUACUUAAUUCUACCUUGGUGAAGCCACCAGCUGCAAAAACAGAAGGUAUACAAAAUAACAUAUUAACUCUUAAUCUGAUUAAACAAGAUAUUGGAAAACCAGCAUCUACCUUGGAAACAUCAGUUACCCAAAACAUAGGUGGUUUUCACACAUCUUUUGAGAAUCUCAAUUCUACAACUAUUACUUUGACAACUUCAAAUUCAGAAGAUAUUCAACCAUCUUUGGAAACCCAAGAAGUACUCGAAAUCACUACGAAUCAUCUUGCUAAUGCAAACUUUACAAAUAAUUCUGUGGAAAUAAAGUCAGCACAGGAAAGUCCAUUCUUAUUCAGCACAAUUACUCAAACAGUUGAAGAAUUAAAUACAAAUAAAGAAUCUGUUAUUGCCAUUUUUGUACCCACAGAAAAUUCCAAACCUACGAUUGAUUCUUUUGUACCUGCUCAAAAAGAAACUGUGGAAAUGGAAGAUCUAGACGCUGAAGACUCCUUUUAUAAGGAUGUAGACUAUGAGACAGAAGUUUUACAAAUUGAACAUUCUUACUGCAGACAAGAUAUAAAUAAGGAACAUCUCUGGCAGAAAGUCUCUAAACUACAUUCAAAAAUAACUCUUCUUGAGUUACAAGAACAACAGACUCUUGGAAGACUGAAGUCUUUGGAAGCUCUUAUAAGGCAGCUAAAACAAGAAAACUGGCUCUCUGAAGAAAAUGUCAAGAUUAUAGAAAACCACUUCACAACAUAUGAAGUUACUAUGAUAUAGAGUGUUAAGAGGUUUUAAAGCUGUGACUUUUAUAUAAGCUUUUUGCAGCCAAACCAAAUUAUAUGUAAAGUGAACUUUUUCCUGUAUAAAGUUCUCAUCUUAAUGAAGCUAAGCGUUCUAAUAUUUUGAACUGUAUCCUGUUCUUAUAAUGUUCAUUUUUGGGAAAAACUAGAGAGUUGUUGGGCUGUAGAGAAAAAGUUUCACUAUUUGGUAAUCUUCUAAAUUAAAGUUAAAAUAGAGUGAAUAAAUAAUAUGGUAAUAUGAUUCAUAAAAUGGGAGAGCAUGGAUAUGGUGAAAGGGAUCCGGAAGAGAAAUAGACUCAGGUUAUCAGUCCUGGUUCUACCAUUAGCUUAUGACUUGGGCAAGUUACUAUUGAAUCUCAGUCUGUAAUCUGUAAAAUAAGGGCACUUCCUAAAUCUAGUCUGUUUAUAGUUCUUUUCCUUUCUAUUCAGGUACUUCUAAUAGAACAGAUUUUCUAUAAGGUAAUAAAUACGUAAUAAUAGAUAUUGGCUAGCAUUUGAUGUUAUUAACUAUUGGAUUAUCCUCAAAAUUCUGUGGUGUGUGACAUUUUGACUAUAUAGUAAUCUGUAGUAACAAAGGAAGGUACUCUUUUUAUAAUUUUAUCCACUUGAACUAAAAUAGCCAUCCUUUAGCCAGUUCAUAGAAGAGGUACAUUAAACUUGAAAGAACAUGUAUUUCAGUACCGUAUAUGUAGCUGACCAUCAUAAUACAGAGUCACUUAAUCUUAACAUUCUGUAUUUAAGGUUAUAAUUUGCAAACCAAAGUUUUAAUGAGGUUAAUUUUUAAAAAUCUAUAUAUUACUUUAUUUUAGAAAUCAUACCUUUUAUCUGUUUAAUGUGUAACUUUUAAAAAUGUGUGCUUUUGUCAUUUUUAAAUUCCAGAAUGAUAGAGUAGUACUUAAUAUUCUACAUGCCCACUUACAUAUAUUUUAUUAAAAUACAUAAGAAAUUAUAGAUAUUUGGUGAUGUUCUUAGGCAAGUAGGAGAGAAAUGGUGAUAUAAAUAAAAAUACUGCUUAUAUCCAUAUGAAUUUUUUAAAAUGUGAAAGCAAAGACUUAAUGGGAACACAAAUCUUGUAAAUGUGAAAUGUGAAAACAAAAAUCUUGUAAAAUUGUCACUUCAUAUAAUUAAAAUAUGUUACUGAUGGUGGUAUUGAGCAAGUUCUGAUCAGUGUGAUUCAUAUUUUUUUCAUCUUUUUUUUUUUUUAAAUAAAAAAUACUAUUACUUAUCUUCAAGAAAGAUUUUGAGAAUUCUUGAGGUAGCAUGUUUUUGGUCCUCGAAGAUAGGAGGUGCUCAAUAAAUAUUAGUUGACUGCACAGCAAAUAGUAUACUAAUUGUUUUGUAAAUUCAUGGUGAUUGUUUUUGGCCACAUUUUAGUUUUUUUAAGCUGAUAAUUGGUAUUAUAUAAAUAUGUGUCUGCUAAAUACAAAAAGUUGAUUUAGACAUGUCCUUAUGUGAUCAUGGGAGAAAAAAAGAAAAAAACUUUAAAUUUUUUCAUAAAUUGUGUGCAGAUAAUUGGUAGAUUUAAUAUUGUUACCUUUAAGUAUUCUUAUAUUUCAUUUUUACAGUACUUUAAUAAAAAUAGUAUAGAUGUAAAUAACCUUGAUAAGUCAUUAUGAAGUAAUGUUUCAACUCUGUUUUUAACUGUGUAUAUUGUAGUUAUUUUCCAUUUGUUUGAAGUUGUAGUUUACUCAGGAAUAAUUUAAACUCAUUGUAUUUCUUUAAAUUUAAUAAAUUAUAAAUAUUUAAGAUAUUUUCUUGGCCUGCCUAUAUUCAAUUCGGGAUGUUUCCAACCUGUUAACUUCUAAAUAUAUUUGGGGAUUCUGAUGAAUUUUAUUUCUUACUUGCAUUAUUAUAGCAAUCUCUUAGCUAAUCUUGCCAUAUUUUUAAUCCCUUCCAUAUCAUUGUGGAUUCUGUCAGCUUUUUACUUCAACUAUAGAUCUAACUAUAGCAUCCACCCACUACUUAACUUUCCCAACUCAGAAAUCUGAAAUUACUCUUGAAUACCUACAGAAUAAAACCAAACUUGUUACUAUA